AUGGGGGAUAUGAAAACUCCAGAUUUUGAUGACCUUCUGGCUGCCUUUGACAUCCCAGACCCCACCAGCCUUGAUGCCAAGGAGGCCAUCCAGACCCCCAGUGAGGACAAUGAGAGUCCUCUCAAACCCGCAGGCAUGUGUAUGGAUGAGAGCGUGUCCUUGUCUCACUCAGGAUCUGCCUCAGAUGUGCCGGCCGUGAGUGUCAUCGUCAAGAACACCAGCCGCCAGGAGUCGUUCGAAGCGGAGAAGGACCACAUCGCUCCCAGCCUCCUCCACAAUGGAUUCCGGGGCUCAGACCUGCCUCCAGAUCCCCACAACCUGGGUCACAACUGUGGGAAAUUUGAUUCAACUUUCAUGAAUGGAGACAGUGCCAGGAGUUUCCCCGGCAAGCUAGAACCUUCCAAGUCAGAGCCAUUACCGACCUUUAACCAGUUCAGUCCAAUCUCCAGCCCAGAACCUGAGGAUGCCAUCAAAGAUAAUGGGUUUGGAAUGAAGCCCAAGCACUCUGACGGUUAUUUUCCACCCCCUCCUGGGUGUGGGCCUGUGGGGGGCCCAGUCCUGGAGGCUCUGGCAAAGUUUCCGGUCCCAGAGCUGCAUAUGUUUGAUCACUUUUGUAAGAAAGAGCCCAAGCCAGAACCUCUGCCCUUGGGGAGUCAGCAGGAACACGAGCGAGGUGGGCAGAAGGUGGGGGAGCCUCACAAGGAGCUGGAUGCCAGUCGAUUCUUUGGGGAAGCUUUGGAAUUCAACAGCCACCCCAGCAACAGUAUUGGAGAGCCUAAGGGGCUUGCCCUGGAGCUCGGCACCUGCUCGUCAGUCCCCCCUAGGCAGCGUCUGAAGCCAGCUCAUUCCAAGCUGUCCUCUUGUGUCGCAGCCUUGGUGGCCCUGCAGGCCAAAAGAGUGGCCAGUGUCACCAAGGAGGAUCAGCCUGGCCACACAAAGGAACCCUCAGGGCCCACUAAAGAGGGCUCCAAAGGCAGCCCCAAAAUGCCCAAGUCACCAAAGAGUCCCCGGAGCCCCCUGGAGGCCACUAGAAAGAGUAUCAAGCCCUCGGACAGCCCUCGGAGCAUCUGCAGUGACAGCAGCAGCAAAGGCUCCCCUUCGGUGGCUGCCAGCUCCCCACCAGCAAUUCCCAAAGUCAGGAUCAAAACCAUUAAGACGUCAUCGGGGGAAAUCAAACGGACCGUCACGAGGAUCCUGCCGGACCCUGACGAUCCCAGUAAGUCCCCCGUUGGGUCCCCUCUAGGGAGUGCCGUUGCCGAGGCCCCGAGCGAGGCGCCAGAGGAUGAGGUCACGGCCUUGCCCGCGGUGGAGCGCUCUCCUGAGGCGGGCGCAAACGCCGGGAGCCCCCAGGGUGACAAGAAGGGGGACGAGAGCGCGCCGAAGGCCAGCGAAUCUUCGUCUUCCUGCUGCAGCUCCGGGUCUCGGGCCCCAAAGGGGGCUGCCCCCGGCCCGCAGACGGGCAGGAAGCAGCAGCAGAGCGCGGCGCCUCAGGCGUCCGCGCCGGCCCCCGCCAGCCUCCUGCCCAAGGCCGUGCACCUGGCCAACCUGAACCUGGUCCCCCACAGCGUCGCCGCGUCAGUCACGGCCAAGUCCUCCGCGCAGCGGCGGAGCCAGCCGCAGCUCACCCAGAUGUCCGUGCCCCUGGUCCACCAGGUGAAGAAGGCCGCCCCGCUGGCCGUGGAGGUCUUCAACAAGGUCCUCCACAGCUCCAACCCCGUGCCCCUCUACGCGCCCAAUCUCAGCCCGCCCGCGGACAGCAGGAUCCACGUGCCGGCCAGCGGGUACUGCUGCCUGGAGUGUGGGGACGCGUUUGCCUUAGAGAAGAGCCUGAGCCAGCACUACGGCCGGCGGAGCGUCCACAUCGAGGUGCUGUGCACGCUGUGCUCCCAGACGCUUCUCUUCUUCAACAAGUGCAGCCUGCUCCGGCACGCCCGCGACCACAAGAGCAAGGGGCUCGUCAUGCAGUGCUCCCAGCUGCUCGUGAAGCCCAUCUCUGUGGACCAGAUGUUCGCGGCCGCCCCCGCGAACUCCCCGGCCCCGGCCGCCCCCGCCGCCCCCGCCGCCCCCGCUUCCCCCAAACACGGCCCGGCUCCGGGCGGUGCGGGCCCGGCCCUUCCGGCUCUGCCGCUCUACCCGGACCCCGUGAGGCUCAUCCGGCACGGGAUCAAGUGUCUCGAGUGUCACAGGCAGAUACGCGACUACAUGGCCAUGGCUGCGCAUUUCCAGAGAACGACGGAGGAGACCGAGGGGCUGACUUGCCAGGUGUGCCAGAUGCUGCUGCCCAACCAGUGCAGCUUCUGUGCCCACCAGCGGAUCCACGCCCACAAGUCCCCCUACUGCUGCCCGGAGUGCGGGGCCCUCUGUCGCUCGGCCUACUUCCAGACCCACGUGAAGGAGAACUGCUUGCACUACGCCCGCAAGGUGGGCUACAGGUGCAUCCACUGCGGGGUCGUCCACCUGACCUUGGCCUUGCUGAAAAGCCACAUCCAGGAGCGACACUGCCAGGUUUUCCACAAAUGUGCAUUCUGCCCCAUGGCCUUCAAGACUGCCAGCAGCACCGCGGACCACAGCGCCUCUCAGCACCCCACCCAGCCCCACAGACCCUCCCAGCUCAUUUAUAAGUGCUCCUGUGAAAUGGUCUUCAACAAGAAGAGACACAUUCAGCAGCAUUUUUAUCAGAAUGCCAGCAAGACGCAGGUGGGCGUCUUCAAGUGCCCUGAGUGCCCACUGCUGUUCCUGCAGAAGCCGGAGUUGAUGCAGCACGUCAAGAGCACCCACGGUGUUCCCCGAAACGUGGACGAGCUGUCCAGCCUCCAGUCUUCAUCGGACACGGCUUCGAGCCGGCCUGGCUCUCGAGUUCCCACCGAGCCCCCGGCCGCCAGCGUGGCCGCUCGGGGCAGCUCCCUGCCCUCCGGCCGCUGGGGCAGGCCCGAGGCCCAUCGCAGGACCGAGGCCAGGCCCCGGCUGAGGAACACUGGCUGGACCUGCCAGGAGUGUCAGGAGUGGGUUCCUGAUCGGGAGAACUACGUGUCCCACAUGAAGAAGAGCCACGGUCGGACGUUGAAGCGGUACCCGUGUCGGCAGUGUGAGCAGUCCUUCCACACCCCCAACAGCCUGCGCAAACACAUCCGCAACAACCACGACACCGUGAAGAAAGUCUACACUUGCGGGUACUGCACAGAGGACAGCCCCAGCUUUCCUCGGCCCUCCCUUCUGGAGAGCCACAUCAGCCUUAUGCAUGGUAUCAGAAACCCUGAUUUGAGCCAGACGUCCAAAGUCAGACCUCCGGGUGGACAUUCCCCUCAGGUGAGCCAUCUGAAAAGACCGGGCAGCGGAGCCGGGGACGCUCCGGGCACCAGCAAUGGCGCGGCCGUCUCUUCCACCAAAAGGCACAAGUCCCUGUUCCAGUGUGCGAAAUGUAGCUUUGCCACAGACUCGGGGCUCGAGUUUCAGAGCCACAUACCUCAGCACCAGGCGGACAGCUCCACGGCCCAGUGUCUUCUCUGCGGCCUGUGCUACACCUCUGCCAGCUCCCUCAGCCGCCACCUCUACAUCGUCCACAAGGUGAGAGACCAGGAGGAGGAGGAGGAGGAGGAGGAGGAGGACGACGACGACGACGACGUGGAGGCGGUGGCGGAGGCUGCGGAGGCCGCGGAGCCAGAGGAGGGCUCCGGGGAGGAAGUGUCCAUGGAGACCAGGGAGAACGGACUGGAAGAAGGUGCCGGAGAGCCUUUGUUGGGCGACACAGAGGCGAGGUCGCCAGGCCCGGCUUCUGAGGAGGACGGAGCCCAGGACGCUCAGAGUCAACCACAGGCCUCUCAGGACCAGGACAGCCACGCUCCGUCCCCUCAGGUGUGA